CGCCCGAGGCAGCUUGUGGUCCCUCUCUGACCUUGACAGGACCUCUAACGUGAUCCCGCAGUCUGAUCCUGGAGCAGGGCUGCAGUGUGCUGGCAUGGUGGCCCGCCCUGGCUUGGAAGAGGGACAGGUUAGGGCCCGCAGGCGACCCCCAGCCCUGGCCUGCGCCUCCAGCCAGCCUUAGGGUGGCCCUGUGGCGGGGCCUGAGCCCCCGCCCCCUGCAUCCCUUUUGAUUUCUUCCCUCCUGCCCGCAUCCUUCCCUCUCCCCCUCUCUCCCACUCUUCCUCCCUCUCCCGCUCCGUCUCACACGCACCCUCUGUUUAUUUUCCUGCCUCCAUCUGGGCCCUGCUGAUAUUGUAAUCACCCUGAUGCACGUUGGCUUCUCUCCUCUCCCUCCUGCGCUCACACACUCACUCACACACAAUGUGCCAUCCUGACAAGCCUUUUACUUCUGAUAAGCUCCGAUGUGUGUUUAAUGAAUACAAAGCCGCGGUCUGGGUGCCGCCUCGGCCGCGGCCGCUGCGCUGCGCUCCUUUGCCAGAAGCUGGCGGAGGGAAUUUACAUUUAAAGAUUAGCAGAGGGAGAAAGAGAAAUCUGCCUUUGUUGUGCGGGGGUGAGGAGGAGGCAUGCCCUGGCCUUGACGCUAUCUCCCAUCACCUCUGCUAUCCAGACAGGACUCACCGAGAUCGUACUGAGAAGCACUCCACAAUGCCAGACUCACCUGUGGAUGUGAAGACGCAGUCUAGGCUGACUCCUCCCACCAUGCCACCUCCUCCCACCACCCAAGGAGCCCCAAGAACCAGCUCAUUUACACCAACGACAUUAACUAAUGGCACCAGCCAUUCACCUACAGCCUUGAAUGGUGCCCCCUCGCCACCCAAUGGCUUUAGCAAUGGGCCUUCCUCCUCUUCCUCUUCUUCUCUGGCUAAUCAACAGCUGCCCCCAGCCUGUGGUGCCAGGCAACUCAGCAAGCUCAAACGGUUCCUUACCACCCUGCAGCAGUUUGGCAAUGACAUUUCACCAGAGAUCGGAGAAAGAGUCCGCACCCUUGUACUAGGACUGGUGAAUUCUACUUUGACAAUUGAAGAAUUUCAUUCCAAACUCCAAGAAGCUACUAACUUCCCACUGCGACCUUUUGUCAUCCCGUUUUUGAAGGCCAACUUGCCCCUGCUGCAGCGCGAGCUCCUCCACUGUGCAAGGCUGGCCAAACAGAACCCUGCCCAGUACCUCGCCCAGCAUGAACAGCUGCUUCUGGAUGCCAGCACCACCUCCCCUGUUGACUCCUCAGAGCUGCUUCUCGAUGUGAACGAAAACGGGAAGAGGCGAACUCCAGACAGAACCAAAGAAAAUGGCUUUGACAGAGAGCCUUUGCACUCAGAGCAUCCAAGCAAGCGACCAUGCACUAUUAGCCCCGGCCAGCGGUACAGUCCAAAUAACGGCUUGUCCUACCAGCCAAAUGGGCUGCCUCACCCCACCCCACCUCCACCUCAGCACUACCGUUUGGAUGAUAUGGCCAUUGCCCAUCACUACAGGGACUCCUAUCGACACCCCAGCCACAGGGACCUCAGGGACAGAAACAGACCUAUGGGGUUGCAUGGCACACGUCAAGAAGAAAUGAUUGAUCACAGACUGACGGACCGAGAAUGGGCGGAAGAGUGGAAACAUCUUGAUCAUCUGUUAAACUGCAUCAUGGACAUGGUAGAGAAGACGAGGCGCUCACUCACUGUCCUCAGGCGAUGUCAGGAAGCGGACCGGGAGGAACUGAAUUACUGGAUUCGGCGGUACAGUGACGCUGAGGACCUGAAAAAGGGUGGCGGCAGCAGCCACUCCAGGCAGCAGAGUCCAGUCAACCCAGACCCAGUCGCAUUAGAAGCACAUCGGGAAUUCCUUCACCGGCCUGCAUCUGGAUACGUGCCAGAGGAGAUCUGGAAGAAAGCUGAGGAGGCCGUGAACGAAGUGAAGCGCCAGGCGAUGACUGAGCUGCAGAAGGCGGUGUCCGAGGCAGAGCGGAAAGCCCACGACAUGAUCACGACGGAGCGCGCCAAGAUGGAGCGCACGGUGGCCGAGGCCAAGCGGCAGGCGGCGGAGGAUGCGCUGGCCGUCAUCAAUCAGCAGGAGGACUCGAGCGAGAGUUGCUGGAAUUGUGGCCGUAAAGCAAGUGAGACCUGCAGUGGGUGUAACACAGCACGAUAUUGUGGCUCCUUUUGCCAGCACAAAGACUGGGAGAAGCACCACCACAUCUGUGGACAGACCCUGCAGGCACCGCAGCAGGGAGACACACCCGCCGUCAGCUCCUCCGUCACACCCAGCAGCGGGGCGGGGAGCCCAAUGGACACACCACCAGCAGCCACUCCGAGGUCAACCACCCCGGGGACCCCUUCCACCAUAGAGACAACCCCUCGCUAGAAGCGAACUCAGAACUGUUGGAGGAAAGACAACGCAACCAAUAUGAAACCAGUUCCUCAUCCUCAGAUGCUCAAAGUCAUGUUUCUGUUUGUUUGUU